AAAAUGUUUAAUAAUUAAUAUUGGUUGUAUGUAGAAUAUGCAUACGUACGUAGCCUGCUUACUGUCAGUGAAUUUAUUAGAUGUCAUAGCAGAAUCCUUGGAAGAAUUUUUCCUUUUAUUUUAAGAAUAUCAAUGCUAACACACUAUAUUAUAAUUUAUAUAUAUAUAUAUUACUUUCCUCAUAAAAUUUCGACUUACUUUGCACGUAGUAGGCUAAACCUUAUUAGGUAGGAUCAAUAAAAUUUUGUAAGUGUUGUUAUAUUAUAAAAAAAUAUAAAUCUGAUUGGCUGAAUAUAUGUUGAAGCUUUGGUGACAGUAACUGUAUGGACUGAACAUGUGAAUGUGGAAGGAAUAUAUGUCUUGAACAUUGCAGUGUUUAACUUAAACUUUAAGGUUUCAAAUUUACUGUGUCAUGGCUGUUAAGAAGAUGAAGCUGCCAAAAUAGACUUCAGAAACACAUGAAUCCAAGCAGCUUCAGCAACAUAAAACAUUUUCUCAUUCUGGAGAUUUUAAGGAAAUUUCUGAGAGACUCUCAGGAAAGCGUACCAUGAAAGAAUUUCAGCUGAUAGAAUAUUUAUUAGAGCAAAAAGAAGAACUAAAGAAUUGUGGGCUUACUGAAGAAGAGAUAAAUACCUAUCUAAGUUUUCUUGGAAAACUGGGUGGAAAGAAACGUUAUCUUUCUAUGGAACCAUCUAUUCAAAAGAAAUGGCUGAAAGAAAUUAAGGAAAAAAUUUGCUCACAUUAUAAAACAAUUAAUGAAGUUCCCAACAGCAGCAUGAUCAAACAGCUAACCCGCCAAGAAAUGGAUAUUGAGAAGACUCUCUAUGCUGGUUGUGAAACUAAGAAGCAUCUUCAGUUUUUAGUCACUUCCAGAGAAAUGUCACAGCUAUCUUCUGAUGAUCCAUUUGCUUAUAUUAGCUGUUUAGCCCAACAAAUUGGACAGAAGAGCUCCAUGAUUAGUGAUCAGAAUGAAUAUGACAGUCAUACAAAGCUUCAACAAAAACAUAGCUGUUCAUUCUCACAGAACAAAAAAUGUUGUAAUGUAGACUGUAAAACGGAAACUGAUUGUGAACAGGAGUUUGAUGAUGUAGAUUCUAAAACUAAAACCAAUUUAGCACCAGGAAAAAGUUCUUCAGAAAUAAAACUUUGUGACAAAGACCUUGAAAUAAAAGAAAGUCUAACAUCAACAAAGAAUUCUUCAGUGUUUCAUGUCAGUGUUCCACUUAAAGAAAAAGAAAUCAGAGAAAACAAACUAAGCUUGGAUGAAAUUAGGAAGUUACCUAGAUUUAGUGAUUACCAUCCAGGGAAAGAGAGUCAGGUGUUGUUUAUAAAGAAUCUUCAUCCAAAGGUAUAUGUUGAGGAGUUGGUUGCAUUAUUCAGCAGCUUCGAGCCAGUAAAGUAUAGACUUCUUAAAGGGCGUAUGAAAGGCCAAGCUUUUAUUGAGUUUUCAAGUGUUGAGAAAGCAGUUGCUGCUCAACAUCUGGUCACUGGCUAUUUACUUAGGGGAAGACCUGUUAUCAUAGAAUAUGGACGAGGACACCAAAAUCAAUGAAACAGUAAUUUAUACAAAGCAAGAAGAGAGAGAAAAAUAGAUGGAGUCUACAUUAAUGAAUUCUCUUCCACUUAUGUUGGCAUUCAGACAUAUAGGAUUAUUGAUUAAGAUCAACAUGUUGAACCAGUGCUGCUGUGACAUAUUCAACUCUGUGGUUGUGAAACAUAACUUACUAACUUCAUUUCUGUUGUAAAUAAAGAUCUCUGUUCUUGCCUAACAGAA